GAGCAGGCAGCAGGCAGUCAAGCCGAAGAGGAGAGCAUCCGUCUCCGUUUGGCCCAGCUGGAUCUUUGAUCAUGUUGGAGCACUCCUCCGAGCUGGCCCUGGUGCAAAGUCUGUACGUCAACAGCAUGCGCUGUCCCCCUACUGUAAGGACCGACGACCUGCCCAUCAGCAACGGCAUGAAAAUGAACGGGUCGUCGGAGCACUUGGAUCAGCCAGACCCAGACUCCAUCAAGAUGUUUGUGGGACAAAUCCCUCGCUCCUGGUCAGAAACAGAACUCAAGGAGCUUUUUGAACCUUUUGGAGCAGUGCACCAGAUCAACAUCCUUCGAGACCGCACCCAGAACCCCCCUCAGAGCAAAGGAUGCUGUUUUGUAACUUUUUAUACAAGAAAAGCUGCACUGGAUGCCCAGAAUGCCCUACACAACAUAAAGACUUUAAGUGGGAUGCAUCAUCCUAUCCAGAUGAAACCCGCUGACAGUGAGAAAACAAGCGCGGUGGAGGACAGAAAACUCUUCAUUGGAAUGGUUUCAAAGAAAUACGGCGAGAACGAGGUCAGGAUGAUGUUCUCGUCCUUUGGCCAGCUGGAGGAGUGCAGAAUCCUGCGUGGACCGGACGGCCAGAGCAGAGGCUGUGCGUUUGUCACAUUUGCUACCAGGGCAAUGGCACAGAAUGCAAUCAAAACCAUGCAUCACUCUCAGACUAUGGAGGGCUGCUCCUCACCUCUGGUGGUGAAGUUCGCUGACACGCAGCGUGAUAAAGAGCAACGACGCCUGCAGCAGCAACUAGUGCAGCAGAUCCAGCAGCUCAACAGCGCCUCUACCUGGGGGAACCUGGCGGGCUUGGGCAGCCUCACACCUCAGUACCUGGCUUUGCUUCAGCAGGCUGCUUCCACAAGCAACCAGACCAGUUUCAAUAGUAUUCAGAGGCUAGGGGUGAAUCCUCUUCAACUGCAGAAUUUGGCCACAUUAGCUGCUGCAGCCGCCGCAGCCCAGAGUUCUGGCAGUCCCACCUCCUCCAGUGGCCUGUCAGCUGCCACCAGUGCACUCGGAGCUCUGGCCAGUCCAGCCGGCUCAACAGCAGGGUCCAGUGCCAGUGCCGCCAUGAACACGUUGGCAUCUCUAGGCACCCUGCAGGGUCUCACUGGGGCCUCCGUUGGCCUCAACAACCUCAAUGCUCUCACCAGCAGCGUCGGAGGAAUAGGGGCCCUGAACGGAGGUUUAGGCUCAUCCAUGGCAAACGGUUCAGCGGCCAGUUCCAUGGACGCGCUGACCCAGGCCUACUCAGGGAUGCAGCAGUACACAGCCUCGGCCCUGCCCUCCCUCUAUCCUCAGCCUCUCCUGCAGCAGAGCAUCCCCGGCCACCAAAAGGAAGUAGGACCAGAAGGUGCCAACUUGUUCAUCUACCACCUGCCGCAAGAGUUUGGGGACCAAGACCUUCUGCAGAUGUUCAUGCCCUUUGGGAAUGUGGUAUCUGCUAAAGUGUUCAUCGACAAACAGACCAAUCUGAGCAAGUGCUUUGGGUUCGUCAGCUACGACAAUCCCGUGUCGGCGCAAGCUGCCAUCCAGGCCAUGAACGGCUUCCAGAUCGGAAUGAAGCGGCUGAAGGUUCAGCUGAAGCGUUCCAAGAAUGACAGCAAGCCCUACUGAUCCCCCUUCCUUCCCCCUCCCCAGCUCUAAUGCUAGCAUUGCUAGGGUAAGUUCGCCCUCUGGCCAGUCACCACAGCACAGACUCAGUGGGGCAGGGGGCGGAGAAAGGAGCCCUGAGGCUUUACUUCAAAAAGUUUGCAAUGAUCUUUCACGUCUACUGUAUUUCAUUCCUGCUGGUUUAUCUUGUCAUUUGAGUUCAAUGAUUUAAUGUAUAAUUAUUUAUGACUAUCACUGGAGUCAGUGUUGUCGCUGGGUGGGACUAGAGAAGAGCGUCGUUUUUGUUUUGUUUGAUUCUUCCCUUUGUUAUUGCCUUCAGCUCUCGCUUAGACAGGUUAACUAAGGAUCAUGUGGGUUUCAAGGGCCAAAGCCAAAACCAACGAGUCCUCAGUGUGCUUCUUCACGUACAUGAGUCUGUCUCAUUAUUUGUUCUUAAUGUUUUUUUGUUGUAUGCCUCGUUCUCUAUUAUUAACACCCUCUUGUAGUCAUGCCAUCCAUCAGGGUCUGAGUCCAGAUGGAUCUCUUUAGGUGCCAAGUACAUUGCAUGUUGGGAGUCCAUUUUGUCACUUAGUCAAGUCCAUGUAUUGUUUUUGUGGGUUGGCGAGGCGCAAAACGUCUUAUACGUGUGUUGUUGACCUUUUACUGUUUGUUGCUGCUCUCUGUCAGGGUUCCCCAAAAAACAUGAACCUGCCUUAUGUGACUCUUCCAGUCUCACUGUUACAACCAGCUGGUGACAGUCUGUGACACGGCAAACAUUGAUUGCAUGUGUUUAGACUAGUAGUGGGAACCUCUUGGUACCUCACGAUUCGAUACGAUUUGCAAUACAAAUCUCUCGAUAACGAUCUGACAAUAUGGCGAUACAACGAUUAUCGAUACAUUGGUCAGGAAAUCAUUCAAUGAUAUUCUACAAACGACUAAUAAACAGAAAAACCAGCUUCUGCUGUGAAUUGGUAUGAGUUUAUCACUAAUAGACGUCCAAUCCAUUUGGAGUGGGAGGGAUGGCAGCGAAUGAAGCUGCCACCCUCCCAGUCAAACGGAUUGAACGUCUAUGGGCGUCAGUGGCAGCCAAUGCCAGGCAAUGAGGUACCGGAUUGGCCCGAAUAUAAGACGACCUCGAUUAUAAGACGACCCCCUCUUUUUCAAGACUCAAGUUUGAAAAAGACUUUUUGAACACCAAAUUAAUUUUUAUACAGAAAAUAAUUACAGUACAUCUGAAACAAAUGAUUAUAACAAUAUAUUUGAGCAAAGCAAAAGCAUGUUAUUUUCACAUUUGUAAAUGAAUGGCUUCUGGUUUUUGAAAUGUAAAUAAACCAAUCUAUUGUGACAAAACAACAAAAUUGCAAUAGCUCCAUUAACCAUCAAAGUGAAGUCUAACUAACUGUAGUCUUGAAACAAAUCUGAAUAAGGAAAAACAUUGCAAUAAAAUAAUGCAAACUGGUUAAACUUGAGAGUAGCUGAGAUAUGUCAUGACAGAACAUCGCUUCAAUGAUAUCUGGCGCCAUCUUGCGACGUAAAUGGGUAUAAUGUAUAGACCGCGAAGAUAAGACGACCCCCACUUUUUCAGUCUUAUUUCAAUAUCAAUGCAAAAAACACUGUCUUAUAUUCGGGCCAAUACGGUAUUUUGGGCCAUUUAAGGUCAUUUACCUGUUGACUUUCAGUUAAUUCCUGUUGAUUUUGGGGUAUUUUAUGGGUCACUUCAGAUUUAUUUUGAGUUACAUAACAGGAAGUGACCUCGGAAUCACCCAAAUGAAUAGGCAGUGACUCAAAUUCAACAGGAAAUGGCCUAAAAUGAACAGCAAGUGACCUGUAAAUGCCCUGAAAAUCGAACAGAAUGACUGUAAAUGCUCUGGUUUUUUGAAUGAACGAACGUUUCUAGUCUAGAUGGAUUGGGCGUCGAGCACCGUCAAUGCAACGUUAGAAUUAACUCAAACACUAUUAUAGUGGAAGAUUUUGGUAGCAACUUGUUGUUUUCUUUUUUUUUUUUAUAGACAUUGACACCUUUUUAAAAUGAUAUCUCGAUUCUUGGCAGGAGCAUAGCGAUAACCUUUGGGGAUACAAAGUAUCACGAUAUAUCACCAUUUCGAUAUUUUGUCACACCCCUAGUUUAGACUCAAUUAGUCCUUUCCAUCGAUGACAAAAUCGUUUCUUUUGUACAGACCAGGCAUACUAGUUUGAAGUACACUGGAUUAUCCUGAAUAAUGCUUCAAGUUCUACUACAUGCCAUUUAGUGGUUAUUCGUAUGGUGGCUGCAAAUAAUGAUCAUUUUUAUGAAAGAAUAAACCAGCAAUUGUUUUUUUUUUUCCACGAACAGAGUAUCUUUCAGCAUCUAACUUUGUUACGUAAUUGGCAAAAAUGUUACUCAUUCCCCCCCAAAGUAAAAACUGAUGUUUGCAAAUUUAUGAAUCGCUUUCAUUUAAUUGAAAUUGAAACGAUGGCUUUAAAAUGAUUAAUGGAUUAUCAAAGUUAGCGAUUCAAAAAUACUACUAUCGUGGAGGAAAUCUACGGAAAUCUGAAAAUGUUUACCGUAUUUUAUGGACUAUAAGUCGCACCCGAGUAUAAGUCGAACCAGCCAUAAAAUGCCCAAUGAAGAAGAAAAAAACAUACCGUAAUUUCCCGAAUAUAAGGCGCACCCGUGUAUAAUGCGCACCCCAAAUUUACUUGUAAAAUCUAGGGGAAAUUAUUAUACCGUUUAUAAUGCGCACCCUAAUUUUAGCACCAAUAAAUAGAAGAAUUCAAGAAAACGGAGCUCGUGUACAGAUACAGAAAUGUCAUUUUACUGAAUGGUGAAACACAGCACAAGCAUAGCAUAUUGGUAGUUCAAAACAUUACCAUAAACUGACAAUAUUUACGGUUAUAAUAUGAUUUGACAACUUCUCCAACUUACCAGAAUCUAGGCGAAACCAAACAGAUGUGACUUUUCUUUUAAAGGCUGCUGUAUAACUUGCCUGUUUCAUCAUGAUGAUUAAAUGUUUCUUCCAUGGAUUGAUACGGUAAAAUGAAAGUGAGAACGUAAGUCGGAAAUCCGAGAGCGCUCAUCGCUGUCGACACGACAGUAACAAUAGGAGCUAUUGUUAUUUGGGUUUGAGUUUCCCGAGGGACAGAUAUAGUUGACGGACACACACAGGGAGUCUGUUGUUACGUUUGUUAUGGUCCGAGUUGCGGAGCUGCAAUAAACGUUGACUCAAAUGAGUUCAAGAAACUAUUUUCUGUGCUUUAUGAAGAGUGAAAAAAGCAGAAUUUAACACUGACGAAAUCAUUCGGCCGAUCAGAGUGAAGUAGUACCGAAACAAAAUGGUGACGUCACGUACCGUAAUGGUCGGCAACGGAUCGCCGCAUACGUUUCUUCAACACAACGUGGCCGUGUCAAUAAAAAAAAAAUUGGUUUAUAUAUAUAUAUAUAUAUAUAUAUAUAUAUAUAUAUAUAUAUAUAUAUAUAUAUAUAUAUACAUACAUACACACACAUAAUUUCUGUCUCCAUCCAUGUACCGUUUAUAAUGCGCACCAUGAUUUUACAAGUUGAUUUCGGGGGGAAAAAAGUGCACGUUAUAUUCGCAAAAUUACGGUAUAUAAGUCGCACCGGAGUAUAAGUCGCAUUUUGGGGGGAAAUUUACUUGAUAAUAUCCAACACAUAGAACAGAUAUGUCAUCUUGAAAGGGAAUUUAAUAUAAAAAUACAAAAGAGAACAACGUGCUGAAUAAGUGUACAGUAUGAUGAUGUUACAUGAUGCAUGAACAACGAAAUGCGAACGUGGCCGGUAUGUUAAAGUAACAUAGCUAUUAAGAGUUAUUCAGAUAACUAUAGCAUAAAGAACAUGCUAACAAGUUUACCAAACCAUCAGUGUCCCUCCAAAACAAAAUAACAUGUGAAAUGAUAUAAUGUGUUAAUAAUUUCACACAUAAGUUGCUCCUGAGUAUAAGUCGCACCCCCAGCCAAACUAUGAAAAAAAAAAAAACCUGCGACUUAUAGUCCGAAAAAUACGGUAUUGUUUGAGAAGCUUAAGUAAUGAGGAAAAAUGUCUCCAUAAGCAAUAAGUUGUCAAUUAAUGCUUGCAACUUUCAGUAAGGCAAAUUUUCAAGGAAUGACAUACUUGCUAAAUAAUUUAAAACUUCCAGUAUUUAUCUUGGCCUUGAGCAGCCGUAUUGUGUUUAAGGGGAACCUUGCUCUAUGUUGUUGUCUGUUGUGCCUCAUGGCUAAAAUGAUUCUUGUGCAGUGGCCCUAACUUUCUCCUCUUUUGUCCUCUUUCUUUCCACUCUCUCUCUUUUCUGUGUUGUUAUUCCUUUUAUGUUUAUUUUUUUAGAACAAAUCUCCAUGCCUGUUUGCUCAUCAUUAGCCUAGCAUGUCUUCAUGGUGUCGAAAGGCGCGGCGCUCUCCCCGCUGGCCUCCUCAUCCUCACCACCACCAUUGUCUGUGAUGUGUCUCUAAGCUCGCCUGACCAAUACCUGGCCCCGCCCACUUAGCUCAACCUGACUUGUUUCUGCAUGCGUGUUCAUUAUUUGUGUUCUUGGUUUUGUAUUCAAAUGUGACGGAAUGGGAGAGAGGUCAAGCAAAUUAAUGUGAAAAUGAACCUACGUUCAACUUUUUUUCUCGAAUGUUUUAAAAACCUGUGGGAUUUCUUAUUUUAGUGCUUUUUUUUUUUUUUUAAUACCUCUCUCGGUAAGAUUAAAUACAGGGAUUGGCACGCCAGCUGUGCUUUUUUUGUGUCAUUAGCAAUAUGUUUAAGAAAAGGCUUGGAAACCACUUUUUUUUUUUGACCAGUCAAAAGCCCUAUGCUCGCGAACAAGAGCUUUACAUUUGGGUGGCGUGAACUUUUUUCUUUUUUUCCUUCAUCAAUGCUAUUUAAGAAGUUUUAAUUUACACAACUAUUCAGUGUAUUUCCUUAAUUUUUUUCUUUUGAACUACCAAUGGCACAAUAAAAGGUACAUUUGCUCAGUUUGGAGAAAUGACUACCUACACGCAAGUCAAACUUUUUUAGAACUGAUUCACAAAUAGACAAUCUGUGGUUUAAAUGCACACUUAGAUUACCUAUAUUUUAUACCAUUGAAUCUAUAGAGGUCUAACAAACGAAACCCAGGCAAAAACGGUGGGUUUUUUGUAGAUUUAUGUUGUAAUGUCAUCUGUGUCGGGAAGGGGGCAGGGAAAAAGGGGGAAUUGUAGUCUUCAGUGUAUUGCAUUUUUUUUUUUUUUUUUUUUUUUAAAAAGAGGACUUAAAAAUCAGUUUGACAGUCAUUUCUACUAAAUUGAAACCACACUUGAAGUCAAAUUCCUCUGCAUUCUUAUUAUUUUUUUCUUGAGGAUGACUUGGUACGUCUUGUUGAAUUUCUGUGAUGUUUUUUUUCCUCCCCCCACCCUAAUAAUACGCACGGUUUCGCUGUUUUUCGGAUGCCUCAUGUUAUUUACGAUGUUUGUUAUACAGAUGCCAGACAAUGUCUUUGUUUUCUUGUCAAAGUGCCCAUGUGUCAAAAGUUCAGAAGUUAGACAACACGCCUGAGUUUUCGUUACUCGCACGCGGUUUGUGUGGUCGUCAAUGUGGGAGCCCCUGAAGAAGAGACCACGCGGACGCCUCUUUUGAUUUUCACAAUUUACACCACAGCGGUGUUGGUUUACAAAUACAUUCCACUGUUUCCGCACAAAGUUUACACUUGGGGUAAUUCUUUUUUUUAUUUGUUAUAUUGUACAACACCAAAACAACCACUUAAGCCCCCCCCCCUUCAUCCCCCUGCAAAAAGGCUUGCUCGAAUUGUGCUAAUGAGUUGCCAACUCAGGGUUUUUCUUUGUAUGAGAAACAAAUUGACACAUGCGUAGUUUUUUUUUUAUUAUUAUUGUUUUUUUUUUUUUUUUUUUUUUUGGUCAUAUUGUCUGCAAGCACCCCUAGAACAAACGAGAGACCCCCCCCCCCCAAGCCCCCUUACCCAAUUUGAAAAAAAAGUGCACAAAAAUGUGUGUCUUGUAAACGACUACUAAGCACAAAUGUGUAAGCUUUCCUUUUUUUGGGGUAAAAAGUUGUGGAUAUCCCAAUGGUUCUUUUUGAAUGCUUUUUACAGUGUUUUUCUAUCGAUAUAUAUAUAUAUAAUGCAAUACAAUAAAUAAAGUGCCAUACACGUCUAGAAAACUGCCUACACAUCCUUAUCAGGCCUUGGUUAGAUUGCUGCACUUCGCCUUUUUGUGUCACUUGCUUAAAUGCCACCCCUAAGAAAAUUCUGUGUUAUUAGUAACUGUGUAUUGUGACGUGAUGCAUUUGUAGAUGAACAAUACCCCCCUCUCUAUUAAUAUAUAUCUCUACAUAUAUAUUUGAAGGUAUGAGCUCAUGCACUGGAACACUUUGCGACACCAUGUGGACUUGAUUUGACGUUUCUAAGAACCACUUUGUUAGUCGAGCAUUGUGUGUAUGUGUGUUGAAGUGUUUAGCGAUGGUGAAUUAAAAAAAAAGAAAAUAGAAAAAAAAAAGCACAAUGUACAGUUAGUCUCACUUCAGGGGCUUCCAUCACCAAAUUCCAGCUCCAACAAUCACUCCCUUCUUGGUUGAAUUCUGAAGUGCUUUUCAAGAGGGAACAGUGUGAUAGCUUUGCAUCUUCUUUAGAUAUUGUCUUCAUCGAUUAAGCAUAAAAAUAUAUUGUUUCUUGUCUGAUAAUUGGUAAUUGAAUAGAUGUGUUCCUUUUUUUGUCUCGAUGAAAAGCCAAAGUGGGUGCAUCUUGGUGUGAACAUGUUUUCUUCUCGAAUGAGGGUGGGAUUUGAACAAGGAAGGAGGGGGGGAAAAUCUGAGGCAAACACAGGCUUUUUUUUCCCGAUUUCUACUACUGGUUGUUCAUAUUGUCUUUUGUACCAGUGACGCUUUUUAUAUUGGAAAUUAAAAGAAGAGAAAUCUAAAUUGUCUGGCCUCUCAAUGUGGCCUCUACGCCUUGACUAGAUCUUUUUGCUUGUUGCUGUCAAACUAUUAUAGGCAUCAUAAUUUUGUGUCUUUCAAAGAAAAGAAAAAAAAAAUAUCCCUGGUUUUGACUUUACUCACCUCAAUUAGUUAAUCUGUUUCUGGGGGGGUUGGGAUCCUCUUAAUGGUGGUAAGUUUCAUGUUAGUAUUUGUGCUGUCAUCUGGAUUUUUGACGUGUGUGGAUAAUUGUCUUAGUUUAAGAGUUUACUAAUUGUUUAGUUUGAGCCUUGCUUUUUUUUUU